CCAGCAGUGGCUCACACCCAGCCCUCUUCUGCUCUGUACAGUUGGCUCCGUAAUGGCAGUGGGUGAAGCCCUGGUAUACCUCAGGGUCAUUCCUCUGCUGCUCUGGCUUGGAGCAACUCUGUCCAUUUCUGGCCACUCUCAGGCCACACCCUCCCAGCACUUCACCUCUCCAGAAGUGGUGAUCCCCUUGAAGGUGACUGGCAGAGGCAGAGGUGCAUGGCCUCCAGGAUCACUCUCCUACAGCCUGCGGUUUGGGGGCCAGAGACACAUUGUCCACAUGAGGGUCAAGAAGAUCUUGAUUUCUAAACACCUCCCAGUGUUCACCUACACAGACCAACGUGCCCUCUGUGAGGAUCAACCUUUUUUCCAGGAUGACUGCUACUAUCAUGGUUACGUGGAAGGGGCCUUUGAGUCCCUGGUUGCCCUCAGUACCUGUUUUGGUGGCUUUCGAGGGAUGCUACAGAUAAAUGGCCUUGCUUAUGAAAUUGAACCCAUGAGACAUUCUGCCACAUUUGAACACCUGGUGUAUAAGAUAGACAAUAAUGAAACACAAUUCUCACCCAUGAGAUGUGGCUUAACAGAAGAGGAAAUAGCACGCCAAGUGGAAUUGCAAAAGACAUAUAAUUCCACACUGAAGCAAAGUUCUUAUCUUGGCUGGUGGACCCAUAAGCGGUUUCUUGAACUGGUAGUGGUAGUGGACUAUAAUCGAUUCCUUUAUUCACUUAGAAAUACCUCCAUUGUACAGCAGGAAGUACUUAUUGUUGUCCAUAUUGUGGAUUCCUUAUAUAAGCCUUUGGAUGUUGAUGUAAUUUUGAUUGGCAUUGAGAUCUGGAAUACUGGAAACCCACAAUUAUCAGAUGACAUAGAUCUGGUUGUGGAGGAAUUUUCCUCUUGGAAGAAAUUCCACCUUGAUGCACGACUACCAAGUGAUACUACACAUCUUUUCAUAAAAAAAUCAUUUGGUGACACGGCUGGUGUUGCCUAUGUCGGAGGAGUCUGCAUACCUCCUUUAAAUUGUGGAGUUGCUAGUUUCCAAGGAAACCUAUUGUUUUCUUUUGCACUUACUGUGACCCAUGAGCUUGGUCAUAACUUGGGUAUGCUGCAUGACACCCAGUGGUGUGUGUGUGAGCAAAUGUGGUGCAUAAUGUUUCCCGUAAAAAAGAUGACAACUAAAUUCAGCAAUUGUAGUUAUGCUGAAUAUUGGGACAACACUGCCAGGCGAGGAUUUUGUCUUUACUCUCCUCCAAAUGCAGAGACAAUCCUUAAGCUGAAGUUCUGUGGAAACCAAAUUGUUGAAGAAGGAGAGGAGUGUGACUGUGGAACCAUACAACAGUGUGCUAAUGAUCCCUGUUGUCUUUCAAACUGCACUCGGAGUCCAGGGUCUGCUUGCGCUUUUGGGCUAUGUUGUAAAGACUGUAAUUUCCUUCAUUCUGGGUAUUUGUGUAGACAACAGGUCAAUGAAUGUGAUCUUCCAGAGUGGUGCAGUGGAGCUUCUCAUCAGUGCCCAGAAGAUGUAUAUGUGAAGGAUGGGCUACCCUGUAAUGACAGUGCCUAUUGCUAUGAAAAGAGAUGCAAUAGCCAUGAUACACAGUGUAAAGAGAUUUUUGGUGAAGAAGCAAGAAGUGCGCCUCAGAGCUGCUACAGGCAAAUGAAUACUCAAGGAAAUCGUUUUGGUCACUGUGGUAUUAAAGAUAUAGUAUACCUAAAAUGUGAGACUCCUGAUAUACUGUGUGGGAGAAUUCAGUGUGAAAAUGUGGGAUUAAUUCCCAGUCUGACACAGCAUUCUACAGUGCAUCAGAUCCACUUCAAUGGCACCAUGUGCUGGGGCACCGACUAUCAUUUAGGGAUGUCCAUACCUGAUAUUGGUCAAGUGAAGGAGGGCACAGUAUGUGGACUGGAAAAGAUCUGCAUCCACAAGAAGUGUGUCCACCUGUCUAAACUACCCCAAGAUUGUCAGCAUGAGACCUGCAACAUGAGGGGGGUCUGUAACAAUAAGCAGCACUGUCACUGUGACCACGGGUGGGCACCCCCUUACUGCUUGACGAAAGGCCCUGGAGGUAGUGAUGAUAGUGGCCCACCUCCUUACAAAGUCAUGGAAGAGGUGGGAAAUGUGUCUUACCUGUCAAUAUUGUGGCUUAUCCCUUUGAUUAUUUGCUUAUAUUUCUUCCUUGUGUUUUAUAAGAAAAACAGAAAAAAAAAGGAGGAAAAA